AUGAAUUUUGCAAGCGAAACUAAAAGUGACGGUCAGACGGAAGACUUGUCCACGCAGUACAACACCGUCACAACGGUCUCUUCUUCCACUGAUGUCGAAAAACAGAGCGAAUUCCAUGAAAGAGAAGAGGCUCCUAUCACAUGGAAGACCUAUGUGAUGUGCGGGUUUGCGUCCUUUGGUGGUAUCUAUUUUGGGUACGAUUCUGGUUAUAUCUCCGGUGUGAUGGGAAUGAAUUAUUUCAUCCAUGAAUUCACUGGGAAGGUUAACGACGGGACUGACGCUUUCGUGCUUGAUGCGUGGCAAAAGUCGUUGAUCACGUCAAUCUUGAGUGCUGGUACGUUUUUCGGUGCCCUCAUGGCUGGUGACUCUGCCGAUUUCAUUGGUAGAAAGUACACUGUCAUCUUGGGCUGUAUCAUUUUCAUCAUCGGUGUUAUUUUGCAGACUGCCUCCGCGUCCGUGGCGCUUCUAUCCGUUGGAAGAGUUAUUGCAGGCUUGGGAGUUGGGUUUGUUUCUGCUACCAUUGUCCUCUACAUGUCUGAGAUCUCUCCAAAGAAAAUUAGAGGUGCCAUUGUGUCUGGAUACCAGUUCUGCAUAACAAUCGGGUUGCUUCUAGCGUCUUGUGUUGACUAUGGUACUAAGAACAGAAACGACUCUGGCUCGUACAGAAUUCCGAUUGCACUCCAGAUGCUAUGGGCCAUCAUCCUUGCGGUCGGGUUGCUUUUUCUACCUGAAACUCCGAGAUUCUACGUGAAGAAGGACAACAUCGAGAAAGCAAGAGCCUCUUUAGCCUUUUUGAGAAGCCAACCGGAGGACUCGAGGUUUGUCAGCCAGGAGCUCGACGAGAUCAUCGAAAACUACCGGUUGGAGCAGUCGUUAAUUCCUACUCAAACCUACAUGCAAUCGUGGUUUGCAUGCUUCACGGGCGGCAUAAGAAACCCAGCCUCGAACUUGAGAAAGACCAUUUUGGGUACCUCGUUACAGAUGAUGCAGCAAUGGACCGGUAUCAACUUCAUCUUCUAUUUCGGUACCACCUUCUUCCAGGAGCUCGGCACUAUCCACAACGAGUUUUUGAUUUCCAUCAUCACCACCGUUGUCAACGUCUGCUCGACGCCUCUCUCCUUUUACACCGUUGAAAAGCUCGGCCGCCGUACCUUGUUCAUCUACGGAGCCGCCGGAAUGUUUGUGUGCGAGUUCAUUGUCGCCAUUGCAGGCACAGUCGACGGCCACAACCCGCAGACGGUGAAGGCGAUGAUCUCCUUCAUCUGCAUCUACAUCCACUUCUUUGCCUCGACGUGGGGGCCUGGUGCAUGGGUCAUCAUCGGAGAGAUUUUCCCGAUCCAGAUCAGAUCCAGAGGGGUGGCAUUAUCGACUGCGUCGAACUGGUUGUGGAACUGUGUCAUUGCUGUCAUAACGCCAUACAUGGUGGGCGAGGACAAGGGCAACCUUGGCGCUAAGGUGUUUUUCAUCUGGGGCUCAUUGUGCGGGUUGUGUUUGGUCUACUCGAUUUUCUUGAUCCCAGAGACAAAGGGCUUGACCUUGGAGGAGGUGGACCGGAUGUUGGAGGAAACCACGCCUUUCACCUCCGCCAGAUGGAAGCCACACAACUACACUGCUGAGCAGCGUGAGGCCAUCGGCCAUGUGACCGUUGGCAACGACGUCGACGGCGAUUUUGAAGACCCCAAGCCGGAGCUGGCCCACAUAGAGUAGCUGCUCAAACGC